UGCUUUUAGGUUACUGACGAUGUCUGGUCGCGGCAAGGGUGGUAAGGGUCUUGGGAAGGGAGGCGCUAAACGCCAUCGCAAAGUACUGCGCGACAAUAUCCAAGGCAUAACCAAGCCGGCUAUCCGUCGUCUGGCCAGGCGUGGGGGCGUAAAGCGCAUUUCCGGCCUCAUUUACGAAGAAACGCGCGGUGUUCUGAAGGUAUUCCUGGAGAACGUGAUUCGUGACGCUGUCACCUACACUGAGCAUGCUAAGCGCAAGACGGUCACCGCCAUGGACGUAGUCUACGCCCUCAAGCGUCAAGGCCGCACGCUUUACGGCUUCGGCGGUUAAUUCUGACAAUACCCGGUGUACUUUCUGCCAAAACCAAAGGCCCUUUUCAGGGCCAUCUAUGUGUUCAUUUUGAAAGAGUUAGUAGCUUUUCUUUUCGGCCCUACGCGUUUGCUUUGAAACAUUGUUUACUUUGAAACAUUGUUAACAUUGUGGUCAAUGAUAGCAAUUGGUUUAAGUGUUUCCUUAUGAUGAAGGGCUAGUCAGGUCCUUCGUUUGUUAUAGUUGUCCAUGUUACCAAGGUUCUAUGCUUGCUGUGCAUUUUGUGCGUUAUUCCUAGGUGGCUGACGCUUUGCGCCUUCAAUAGAACAAGCUUGUGAAUAAUUAGAAGGCCAGGAGAUAAUUAUUGGGUGUUAUUGAAGCCUUCUUGCAAUAAGCCACUGUAAUAGAGGGAUGGACAACUUUAGAAGUCCCGUAAGUCCUUCGAGAAGGGGAUUAAUACGAAUUGGUUUUUAAAGAGUGGAGCUACAGCAUGACUGCUUCCCUUAGAGGCCCUCUAUCCAUCUAUCUCCAGCUACUGAUUUCUCUUGCAGAAUCCAAAAGAACCCUUUAUUUUUCCUGGCUAAUAUAAAUACACUAGCCGAUUUAUAUUACUGUAUUCUCAGUAUUUAUCUUUUUAUCUUGAAAUGGCAAGCGUUUACAAGCUUAUCUUACCUUAAAUUAUUGAUAAGGGCACUGUGGUUGCACGCCAAACAUAGUGACAACCCAAGUCUUAAUGAUUCAAAUUGUGCCCUCUUUAAGUACACUACAUGUCAGCAAACGGGACAAAAAUAAGCAAGUGGUUCUCAAACGGGGUUACCUCAUUCCCUUUUUGAAGUCUUACCUACUGCAAUCUUUCUACAAUUUUUCAGGACUGUCAGCACGCCACUGUAUUCUUUGGUGUCUUAGCAACAGGCAUUCUGUGAAGUUUCUUGGGGAAAUUUUGGGGGUAAACUGUCUUUUCUCAAAUAAAAUUUGCUUACUUAUAAUAAUAGAGGCAUAGCUGAACAGGUGGAUGUCCUGCCAGAGUAACCAUUCCUGGCUUUCUGGUAGCAGGUGUGAGCAUGUGGCUAAAUUCUCUCCAAUAAAUGUGGCCAGAAAUGGAAAAAACUACUUUGAGAUUUGGACCUUAAAACCUUGUAUAUUGCCAUCUUUCCUCUUUCCAUCAGUUAUAAAAGUGUUGAUCUGGUUGUGACCAAGAGGAGAUCAUUAGACCCUAAGAGAGGGUCCCCGACUGAUCACAAGGAGCAGAGCUGCACCCCCCGCCCCCAGGGUUGGGGGGGUGCUAAACUAAUCACAAUGGAUCUGUGCCAUGAGACAUAAAUAACUUUAAACUGCUUUAUAGUUGAGUGUUAUAGCAGAUUAACUUAAUCAUAUAAAAUAGUCUUGUUUUCUCAAUUUAUUUAGCCAUGUGUUUCUCCUUCCAUUGGUCAAUGCUCUGAAGGAGAGCUGAUCCUAAAUGAAGUUCUUUUCUGGGUAGCUCCUCCACUACAUUCCACUGUAGAUGUAACACAGGACAGGGGCUCAUCAUAUGUUAAAGACUAACAGAUAGAUCAUCAUAUUUAUGUCUUUUGCAUCGUCUCUGCUUGAGAGACAGUAGCUUACCAAUUGGUGAUUAAAAACAAAUUGAGAAAAGAUCAGUUGAAAAACCUGGAAACUGGUGUCCAAAAGUUCAGAGCCUUUGAAUUCAUCUUCUAUUGCUAAUCUUAGCAAAUUUAUUUCACAAGGCCUAUAUUAUUAAUAGUCUAUAUCAUUAAGAAAAUUAUAUAUUGUUUAAAAGAAACAGUCCCAGUCCCCCUCUUGAGAGAUUAAAAAGGAACUGGAAGACUUGUACAGAGUAAUGCUUAAUUGUAGUAUAUCUUUUGUCAAGUUACUUAACAUCUCUGUGCCUCAAUUUCUUCUUUUACAAAGUGCAGAUAAUAGUAGUACCUCAUAGGCUUUGAGGUGAAAAAUAUUAUUUAUUAAGCAUUUUGACCAGUGCAUGGCACAUGGUAAACAUGCUAUAUAUUGAUUAUUGUUAUUAUUACUAUUAUUACUCUUUAUGGUAAUAGAGAGGCACAGAGAAAAUGAGGAUGGCAUUUGAACCAUGAAGACCUGCAUUUUGAAGUCCCAGCACUGUCAUUUUUCUUAUCUUUGUGGUCUAUGGCAAGUUACUUGAACACCUUGUGGUCACUAUUCCCUUAUUUGUAAUUUAGGGAAAGCUCAUACUUGUGCGAGGAUUGAGUAAGAUAGUAUAAAGUAAAUAAAGCCAUAAUAUGUAUUUAACUUAUUUAAGGUCACAUAUACUCUUUAGAAGUUGCAAGUAUAUUAAGGUUCUUUUGCAUGCAAAUAUCAAAAACCAAUUCCAGGUAAUUUAAGAAAAAAAAAAAAAAAACAAUAAGCAGCAACCAACUUUUGAAAUUUAAGUUUGUGGACAACAUUUAAGGAAUUGAUGAACACUGAAAACUCAGGCCAUUCUUUUACUGAUUGAUCCCGAAGGGGGAGAUGCAUGAAUUAAUUAGAUAUGACCUGAGCUAGAGGGUUAACAAUAUAAUGGGGACACUUGGGGCUCAGUCCUGAAUGGGGCUUUUUCCAGAGAAGAGGGAAUAAUCAUGAUCCUGAAGCUGCCCCAGAUGGUGUCUGCCAUGUGUGGCAAAUGUCCUCCAGGACCUUUAACCCAAGUGUUAGGGAUCGAACUGUGUCCUAUGCAAGACAUUUUUAAGCCCUAACCCCUGGCCCUGUGGGUGUGAACAAAAGAGGCUAAAUUGAAUCAGGUUGUGCUUUAAUCCAAAGAGACCCAAGUCUUUAUAAGCAAUGGAAAUUUGGACAUAGGUAUAGAAGCCAUAGGAAGAGACAGAAAGAAAUGUAUCACCUUGUGAUGGAGGUGAAGAUUAAUUGCCAGUAAGCCACCACCCGAGAACACUGCAGACUUCAGAGAAAGUCUGUUCUGCUGACACCUGGAUUUUGGACUUCUAGCCUCCAAAACUGUGAAAUUCCUGUUGCUUAAAUCUAUAGUAUUUGUCACAGCAACCCUGGCAAACUAAGAUACCAAGUUCCCAGUGAUUUACCGUAUCCUUAACUCCUACCUGUUCU